GGCGACUGGCGAGGGCCACUUUCCGUCUCCACGUCACACCAUCCUCAUUCAAAUAAAGCCCACUCUCCUCCAAUAUAUUUCGCACAAAAUAAAAUAAUUUAUAAAUUUGAAAAAUCAAACUCUGAAAAUUCAUACGCCUCCAUUGAUUCUCACCUCUCUGCAGUUCUCCUUUGUCUUAAAGUUUUUCUCACUGAGAAUUUUAGCUGCAUAUAUAUACUUGAAGAACAGCUGCAUCGUACACAUAUAAUCGUAGUAUUGAUUUUUCGUUAAACAGAGUGAGGCGGUUCAAUGGCGGCUUCUUCGUCGAGAGGGAGAAGUAGCUCGCCGUUUCACUACCGUAAGUCAUCGAGUCCGUACUCGUCUACUUCGUCCUCAUCAUCUUUCAUGAACGGAAGGUUCAUGCCGAAAUCAUGUUCGUCCACGGCGACGUCGUUUUUCGGCUCUGGAACUGGCUUCAGCUCCAAAUCCACGACUCCAAGCCGGAACCGGACUGAUUCGGCGUAUUCACGAGGUUACGGAAAUCGUACGCCGGUAGAUUUUCAGUCAAUGGAGGAGUUGAUUGCUGAGCCAGUGGAUAUGUCCAGAGCGGGAGAGAGUAUUUCGGUCACAGUUAGGUUUCGGCCAAUGAGCGAACGAGAAUAUAACAAAGGCGAUGAAAUUGCGUGGUAUGCUGAUGGUGAUAAAAUUGUACGGAACGAGUAUAAUGCUGCAACAGCUUUUGCAUUUGAUAGAGUUUUUGGACCUGAUACAUGUACACAGGAGGUUUAUGAAGUUGCUGCUCGACCUGUGGUAAAGGCUGCAAUGGAGGGCGUAAAUGGCACAGUAUUUGCUUAUGGUGUUACAAGUAGUGGAAAGACACACACUAUGCAUGGAGAUCAAAGUUCUCCAGGUAUAAUUCCGCUUGCAAUAAAGGAUGUUUUUAGCAUUAUUCAAGAUACUCCUGGACAUGAAUUCUUACUUCGUGUAUCAUAUCUUGAAAUCUAUAAUGAGGUUAUCAAUGACUUGCUGAAUCCAACAGGACAGAAUUUGCGUAUUAGGGAAGACACCCAGGGUACUUAUGUUGAAGGUAUAAAGGAGGAAGUUGUUUUGUCACCUGGGCAUGCUCUUUCUUUUAUUGCUGCUGGGGAAGAGCACCGCCAUGUUGGUUCAAAUAAUUUUAAUCUGUUUAGUAGCCGCAGUCACACAAUAUUCACCUUGAUGAUUGAAAGUAGUGCCCAUGGUGAUGAAUAUGAUGGUGUGAUCUUCUCACAGCUUAACUUGAUUGAUCUAGCUGGAUCUGAGAGCUCUAAAACUGAAACUACAGGAUUACGACGAAAAGAAGGCUCAUACAUAAACAAAAGUCUCCUGACUCUUGGAACUGUCAUUGGAAAAUUAAGUGAAGGGAAGGCAUCUCAUGUUCCGUAUCGAGAUUCUAAACUUACUCGUCUACUACAAUCUUCACUUAGUGGGCAUGGACAUGUUUCUCUCAUAUGCACUGUUACUCCUGCUUCAAGCAAUAUGGAAGAAACCCAUAAUACGUUAAAGUUUGCAAGCAGGGCUAAGCGUGUCGAGAUUUAUGCAUCACGCAACAAGAUUAUUGAUGAGAAGUCACUGAUUAAGAAAUAUCAGAAAGAAAUAUCUUGUCUCAAGCAAGAGCUUGAUCAGCUAAGAAGAGGGGUGCUUGUAGGAGUCAAUCAUGAGGAACUUAUGACCCUGAAACAGCAGUUGGAAGAGGGACAAGUGAAGAUGCAGUCAAGAUUGGAAGAGGAGGAGGAUGCCAAGGCUGCUCUACUGAGCCGGAUACAGAAGCUAACUAAACUGAUCCUUGUUUCUUCAAAGAAUUCAAUUCCUGGGUAUUUGGGGGAUGUUGCUGUACAUCAGAGGAGUCAGCCUGCUUCUGAAGAUGAUAAGUUGGAUGGUUCUGUGCUCAUUGAUGGCGAGAAUCAAAGAGAUCCUCCAUCAGAGACUUCUGAUUUCAAACACAAAAAAUCUUCAAGCAAGCGGAAUGAUGAUAUCUCCCAGGCUGGAAGUACGAUUACUGAAUCAACUCAGGCGGGUGAACUUGUCAGUGGUUCUUCCUGUGGUUCAAAGCUGCCCAUAGAAGGAGUUUCAAUGUCAGAUCAGAUGGACCUCCUAGUUGAGCAAGUCAAGAUGCUUGCUGGAGAGAUUGCAUUUAGUACGAGUACAUUGAAACGAAUGAUGGAGCAGUCUUCGAAUGAUCCUGAGAAUUCAAAAACUCGUACUGAAAUUCAAAGUUUGGAGCGUGACAUUCAAGAAAAGAGAGAGCAGAUGAGGAUCUUAGAACAGCGCAUUGUUGAAAUUGGUGAAGCAUCAGUCGGCAGUGCGUCUUUAGUUGAAAUGCAGCAGACUUUGCUGAAGCUGAUGACACAAUGUAGUGAACAGGGCUUUGAGCUUGAGAUAAAAUCAGCAGACAAUCGGAUUCUCCAGGAAGAACUGCAGAACAAGUGUUUAGAGAACAAGGAACUGCAGGAAGCUAUUUGUAAUCUUGAGCAGCAGCUAGCCGUACUGAAGGUGGAAAAGUCAUACCCCUCAUCAGAACAACAGGGUGUAUCAGACGAGUAUAUUGAUGACCUUAAAAAGAAAAUUCAGCUGCAGGAGAACAGUGGAUUGCGAGUACAGAACCAGAAAUUGUCUGAAGAAGCCUCAUAUGCAAAAGAAUUAGCAUCUGCUGCUGCAGUUGAACUUAAAAAUUUGGCUGGUGAAGUGACAAAGCUAUCGAUACAGAAUACAAAACUCGAGAAAGAAUUGUUGGCUGCUCGCCAUGUAUUGAAUUCUAGAAGUUCCACUGCACAAACUGGUAGUGCUCGCCCUGGAAAGCAUGGUGAAAGCCUAUGGCAAGGACGUAGAGGUCGGGUUUCUGGACGAGAAAUUGAAAUUCCUGGAGUUGUUCGUGAUGGCUUUGGCACAUCGGAUCUAGAUCCCGUUGAUUUAAAAAUGGAGUUACAGGCAAGAAAACAACAUGAGGCAGCUCUGGAGGCCGCAUUGGUUGAGAGGGAAAUACUGGAAGAUGAGUACAGGAAAAAGGUUGAAGAGGGAAAAAAAAGGGAGGCAGCUCUUGAAAAUGAUUUAGCAAAUAUGUGGGUGCUCAUUGCUCGGCUCAGGAAAGAAAAUGGUGCCCUGCAAGACUUAAAGACAGUAGUAGAAAAGCAGAAUGUUGGAGGAGACAAUAUGAAUGAUCCAAAAAUGAACAAUAGUGAGUGCAAUGACCACAUCCUCGAUGAUGGCCGGACCAUGGACCAUGCAACCACAGUUGCAGACAUUCUGAAGGAAGACAUUCUUGUUGCCCGCUUGAAGGCUCGAAUGCAAGAGAUGAAGGAAAAGGAGCACAGAUAUUUGGGAAAUGCUGAUGCAAAUUCACAUGUAUGUAAAGUCUGUUUCGAAUCGCCAAGUUCUGCGAUGCUCCUUCCUUGCCGACAUUUUUGCUUGUGUAAAUCUUGUUCCCUUGCCUGUGCCGAGUGUCCAAUCUGUCGGACUAAAAUUACAGAUAGAAUUUUUGCUUAUACUUGAGAUGGCAUUUCAAGUGCUCGAAAGUUGGUGAAAGGAAGGUUUUCUUCACUCUCGUGAACCUCCUUUUCUCAUGACAUUCUUUAAAAGGUCAACUGUACGUAAUGUCAAAGUGGUACAUCCUUUUUUUUUUUUUUUGGUGCACUUGUCCACCAAGUAACUGUAAAUUAAGAAAGACAGGUGCCACAAAAGGAAACAAAGACGAAAAUUAGUAAAUUUGAACUCAGUGAGUUGCCGCUGGCAUAGUUUGAUCUCCUUGAGUAAAAGGUAUUGUAUAGAACACAAGCUACAAUGACAAUUUUGACUUGACUGUAAAUUUUUGAGCUUGUACAUCAAUCGAUGACUAUAAUCUGGUUCUCUUUG